AUGGACUUUUUCGGCCUCGGACCGACCGUGACCGUCGGCGCGACGUUCGCGGAACCCUCCGACGCGAGCUCGACGCGGACGGUCAGCGUCAAGAGCGAUGCAUCAUCCGGCGGGGUCGCGACGACGCCGACGCGGCUCUACACGACCGGGGAUACGAUCGCGGGCGCGAUCACGCUGACCACGCCGCCGGGGUCGAAGGUGGACCACCUGGGGGUGAAGGUGGAGGUACUCGGGCAGAUCGAGAUGGGCUUCGACCGCGGGCACGCGUGGGAUUUCGUCGCGCUCGCGAGAGAGGCGCGACCGGCGGGGGACCUCAUCGGCGUCACUGAGAUUCCGUUCGUCUUCAAGGACGUGGAGAUGCCGCACGAGAGUUACGAAGGGAUAAACGCGCGGUGCCGGUACGUCGUGAGGACGACGGUGACGCGGACGUACGGCGGGACGGUCACGCACGACCUCCCGUUCGUGGUCAGGAACGUCUCGGUACCCCCCGAGAACGACGCGGCGAUCAAGAUGGAAGUCGGCAUCGAGGACUGCCUCCACAUCGAGUUCGAGUACGCCAAGGCUAAGUAUCACCUGCGCGAUUGCGUCGUGGGGAAGAUUCACUUCCUGCUCGUGCGAAUUAAGAUCAAACACAUGGAGCUGGAGAUACGGCGGCGCGAGAGCACGGGCGCGGGCGCGAACACGUACAACGAGAGCGAGACGGUGGCGAAGUUUGAAGUGAUGGACGGCGCGCCCGUCAAGGGCGAGACCGCGCCGGUGCGGCUCUUCUUAUCCCCGUACGACCUCACGCCGACGUAUAAGAACGUCGCGAAUCGGUUCAACGUGAAGUACUACCUGAACUUGGUCUUAGUCGACGAGGAAGACCGUCGGUACUUCAAGCAGCAGGAGAUAUUUCUGUACCGCGACGCGCUCGAGUGA